AUGGAACACAUUCCAGGAACCACAAAUAGGUACGCUGAUGCUCUGGCCACGUUGGGAUCGAAGCUCUCAUUUGUGCAAGAACAGCCCAACAUCACCGUGAUAAGGAGAAGCACACCAGUGGUCGAAGCAAUGGCCCAGGGGGACCUGCUGGAAGAGGAUGAUUGGAGAAAGCCACUGAAGAAAAAAUUAGGUGAAGAGAGCAGCAUUAAAGACUUGAAAGACUAUGUGACUAUCUUUGGGGAACUCUACAGACGUCUUCCGGGAGGUGUUCUGACCCGGUGUGUUGGGAUGGCAGAAGCAAGAAGGAGGUUGCAAGAGGUACACGAUGCCACUUGCGGCUUGGAACCAGUAAUCAGCCUGUACCGGCGCUUGCAACGCAAAGGUUAUUAUUGGCCAGAGAUGAAGAAGCAAGCAGCUGAACUACAAUUCGAUUGUCCCACCUGUUCUACGAUACCCUCUAUAGAGGAGUCAUUCACUGUUUCAUUUGCAGAAGAUUGGCGGGGUCCAUACUUGGCAUUCUUUGUUGGAGGAACUCUGCUGACUAACCCCAAGCUUGCCUAUAAGCUCAAAAGGACCAUGAAGAGGUAUUUUGUUGAUGGGUCAACUCUCUAUCGGAAGGGGUUUAAUGGUGAGCCAUUAAAAUGCUUGGGAGAAUCAGAGGCACGUCAAGCCAUGCAAGAGAUACAUGCUGGGGAGUGCGGAGAGCACCAAGGAAUGAAGAAGCUUUACCAGCAGCUACUAAGCAUUGGGUAUUAUUGGCCUAACAUGAAGAAGGAUGCACAUGACUUUGUUAAGAAAUGCCACACAUGCCAAAUCUAUGCUAAUCUAAGCCACAAACCUCCUACAUUGCUGCAAGACAUGCGCACUCCCUGGCCUUUCCAUACUUGGGGGCUUGAUUUAAUUGGGACAAUCCAUCCCCCUUCCGAUGGCUACAUAUGGAUCCUCACCGCUACGGAGUAUUUCACGAAAUGGGUUGAGGCAAUUCCCCUUCGAAAGGCCACAGGAGCUGCUGUCUCGAAUUUCAUUCGGGAAUACAUUGUGUGUAGGUUCGGAAUCCCAUACAAGAUGGUCACCGACAAUGGCACACCUUUUGUCAACAAGCAAGUGAGUUCAACCCUUAGUGGGUACGGUAUCAAGCAUCGUCGCUCUACGCCUUAUUACCCCCAGGGAAACGGUCAAGCAGAAGCUACCAAUAAGACGAUAUUGAGGAUUCUAAGCAAGAUGGCUAUUUCACCUGUGGAAAUCACCAUCCCGACAGCCAGGAUAGCAGCUGUCAAUGAUCUUGAAUGGGAUGCAAAGACAUGCUCAGAUUGGCGUUUGCUAGAUCUCGAAGCAGUUGAUGAGAAAAGGAUGGAAGCUGAAAGAAGGAUGACACUUUACAACAAGACUGUUGCCCAAGCCUAUAACAGGACCGUUAAGCCUCAAGCCUUCAAGCAAGGAGAUCUCGUGCUAAAAGUCGUUGAACAUGUGAGAAGGCAAAUGUCAAGACCUUCCAAAUUUGCCCCACAAUGGGAGGGUCCAUUCGCAGUCAAGGAGGUACACAGCAGCGGUUAUUAUCGCUUGAUCUCUGUCAAGGAAGGCAUGCUAAUGGAUCCCAUCAAUGGAAAAUGGCUCAAGCCCUACUACUGCUAA